AAGCGGAGUGCGCAUGCUCGCCGGAGCGGCGUGACGUGAGCAGGGUGGCUGAGCAGGGGAGGAUCAAAGGGAGACGAACCCGAGGGACAGGCGAGGCGAGGCGAGGCGGCCGAGCGAGAGGAGGAGGAGGAGGAGAGUAGCAGCAGCAGCAGCAGGAGCCGUGCGGAGCGCCUCUCCCCGGGCGGCGGCGGCGGCGGGCGAAGUUUCCCGGAGGAGAGCGGCUCCCCUUCCCCGCCCUGGUCCCUCCCUGCUCCUCCGUUUCCUUGCUUCUCUUGGGGGCGCACAUGGGGAGGCGAGCGGGGCGCCCGCUGGACUGAGCGGCGGGGCGCGAAGCGAGGCGAGGCGGCGGACUCCUCGGAGGCAGCUCGGGGUGCAGGCGAGAGCGAGCGAGGGAGGGAGGGCGAUGCUGCUGCUGCUGCUCUCGCCUCCUCCUCGGCCGGCUCCUCCGCUCCUCCGGGGGCUGCCAUGAGGCAGGAGGAGCCCUGCGUGGGAGCCAGCCCGGGAGACCCCGAGCGGAGCCAGUGGCGGCGGCGAGGAGGAGAAGGAGACGGAGACCGGGGAGACGGAGAAGGAGGUGCCCGCCGCCGCCCCGCCGCCAUGGACUGCAGCCGCCUCAGGGCUCUCAUCCACAGAUACUGUACUGGAGAAGAGAAUUGGGUGGACAAUCGAACUAUUUAUGUUGGCCAUCGCGAACCUCCCCCAGGUGCUGAGGCAUACAUUCCACAGCGUUAUCCAGAUAACAGAAUAGUUUCCUCAAAGUACACUUUUUGGAAUUUUGUACCGAAGAAUUUGUUUGAGCAGUUCCGAAGAAUAGCAAACUUUUAUUUUCUCAUCAUUUUUCUUGUACAGUUAAUCAUUGACACACCAACUAGUCCAGUGACCAGUGGGCUUCCACUUUUCUUUGUCAUCACUGUAACAGCUAUAAAACAGGGCUAUGAAGACUGGCUUCGUCACAAAGCCGACAAUGCAAUGAACCAGUGUCCUGUUCACUUCAUUCAACAUGGCAAACUGGUUAGAAAACAGAGCCACAAACUAAGAGUUGGAGAUAUUGUGAUGGUAAAAGAAGAUGAAACAUUCCCUUGUGACUUAAUAUUAUUGUCCAGUAGUCGGGCAGAUGGAACAUGUUUUGUUACAACAGCAAGUUUGGAUGGCGAGUCCAGUCAUAAGACAUAUUAUGCUGUCCAAGACACGAAGGCCUUUCAAACUGAACAGGAUAUUGACACCCUGCAUGCUACUAUUGAAUGUGAACAACCCCAGCCUGAUCUUUAUAAAUUUGUCGGCCGAAUAAAUGUUUAUCAUGACAGAAAUGAGCCUGUUGCAAGGCCAUUAGGAUCUGAAAAUGUGCUUCUUAGAGGAGCGACACUGAAGAACACAGAGAAGAUAUUUGGUGUUGCUAUAUACACUGGCAUGGAAACGAAAAUGGCAUUGAAUUAUCAGUCAAAAUCUCAGAAACGAUCUGCUGUAGAAAAAUCAAUGAAUGUAUUUCUUAUUGUUUACCUCUGUAUACUAAUCAGUAAAGCACUCAUAAAUACUGCCCUGAAAUAUGUUUGGCAAAGUGAGCAAUCCCGUGAUGAACCUUGGUAUAAUCAGAAAACAGAACUGGAAAGGAAACGAAAUGUGUUUAUUACAGCAUUUACAGAUUUUCUUGCCUUCAUGGUUCUUUUCAACUACAUUAUCCCUGUAUCCAUGUAUGUCACAGUAGAAAUGCAAAAGUUUCUUGGUUCUUAUUUUCUCACUUGGGAUGAAGAAAUGUUUGACGAAGAAAUAGGUGAAGGACCGCUGGUGAACACCUCUGACCUCAAUGAGGAGUUAGGACAGGUUGAAUAUGUCUUCACAGAUAAAACAGGGACAUUAACAGAGAACAAUAUGGAGUUCAUAGAAUGCUGCAUUGAAGGGCAUGUUUAUGUGCCUCAUGUCAUCUGUAAUGGGCAAAUCCUUCACGACUGUGCUGGAAUUGAUAUGAUUGAUUCAUCCCCAGGAGGAAGUAGCAAAGACAGAGAAGAGCUCUUUUUCCGGGCUCUGUGCCUCUGUCACACUGUCCAGGUGAAGGAAGAUGACAAUGUGGAUGGAUUAAAAAAGGCCCAGCUGUCAGGAAGGUCCUCUGUGUAUAUUUCAUCAUCCCCUGAUGAAGUUGCUUUAGUUGAAGGGAUUCAGAGGCUUGGUUUCACAUAUUUAAGGCUGAAAGACAAUUACAUGGAACUCCUAAAUCGAGAAAACGAUAUUGAAAAGUUUGAACUCCUGGAAGUCCUUAGUUUUGAUUCAGUAAGGAGACGAAUGAGUGUGAUUGUUAGAUCAUUAAAAGGGGAAAUAUUUCUGUUUUGCAAAGGAGCAGAUUCUUCUAUAUUCCCUCGAGUUACAGAAGGCAAAAUAGAGCAGAUUAGAGCAAGAGUUGAGCGCAAUGCAGUGGAGGGCCUGCGGACAUUAUGUGUGGCAUAUAAAAAAUUCACCUGUGAGGAAUAUGAAACUGUACAGAAGCAGCUACAGGAGGCAAAGUUGGCUCUGCAGGAUCGGGAAAAGAAGCUGGCCGAAGCAUAUGAACUGAUCGAAACAGAGCUUAUCCUACUUGGUGCUACAGCAGUUGAAGACCGUCUGCAGGAAAAAGCUGCUGACACAAUUGAAGCAUUGCAAAAAGCUGGUAUUAAGGUAUGGGUUCUGACGGGAGACAAAAUGGAAACUGCUGCCGCCGCUUGCUAUGCCUGUAAACUCUUCAGAAGAAAUACUCAAAUACUUGAGUUAACUACAAAGAAAAUAGAAGAGCAGAGUUUGCAUGAUGUGCUGUUUGAACUAAGCAAAACUGUCCUAAGGCACAAUGGCAGCUUAACACGGGACAGCUUCUCAGGGCUUUCAGCUGAAAUGCAAGAUUAUGGUUUAAUUAUUGAUGGAGCAGCACUAUCAUUAAUAAUGAAACCUCGGGAAGAUGGGAGCUCUGGUAACUACAGAGAGAUCUUCCUUGAAAUUUGUAGGAACUGCAGUGCAGUUUUAUGCUGUCGCAUGGCUCCUUUGCAAAAAGCACAGAUUGUAAAAUUAAUUAAAUGGUCAAAGGAGCACCCCAUCACAUUAGCAAUUGGAGAUGGAGCAAAUGAUGUCAGCAUGAUCCUAGAAGCACAUGUUGGGAUUGGUAUUAUUGGAAAAGAAGGUCGUCAAGCAGCAAGAAACAGUGACUAUGCAAUACCCAAAUUUAAACAUUUGAAAAAAAUGCUGCUUGUUCAUGGGCAUUUUUAUUAUGUCAGGAUAUCUGAACUUGUGCAAUACUUCUUUUAUAAGAAUGUGUGCUUCAUUUUCCCUCAGUUUUUAUACCAGUUCUUCUGUGGGUUUUCACAGCAGCCUUUAUAUGAUACUGCGUAUCUUACCCUGUACAAUAUCAGCUUUACUUCCCUUCCUAUUCUGUUGUAUAGUCUAAUGGAACAGCAUGUCAGUGCAGAUACCCUCAAGAGAGACCCUUCACUGUACAGGGAUGUUGCCAAGAAUGCCCAUCUACGCUGGCGUGUAUUCAUUUACUGGACAUUCUUGGGAGUAUUUGAUGCGAUGGUCUUUUUCUUUGGUGCCUAUUUCUUGUUUGAAAACUCAUCUGUGACCAGCAAUGGACAGCUAAUGACAGCCAACACUCACAUGAUGUUUGGAAACUGGACUUUUGGGACACUGGUGUUUACUGUUCUAGUAUUUACCGUUACCCUGAAGCUUGCACUAGAUACACACUACUGGACAUGGAUCAACCACUUUGUGAUCUGGGGGUCGUUACUUUUCUACAUUGUCUUUUCUCUUCUCUGGGGAGGGAUCAUCUGGCCUUUUCUCAAUUACCAGAGGAUGUACUAUGUGUUCCUGCAAAUGCUGUCUAGUGGUCCUGCAUGGCUGGGUAUUACUAUGCUCAUAAUUGUGAGCCUUCUGCCAGAUGUACUGAAGAAAGUUUUAUGCAGGCAGCUGUGGCCAACAGCAACAGAAAGAACCCAGACUGUAUCAAGCCAUGGCCAGGACCACAUUUCAGAAUUCACCCCUCUUGCCCCUCUGACGAGACCAAGAUAUAGGAGCAAUGACUGCAAGAAUUCCCCGCCAAGAAGGUCUAGUUCUUAUUCUAAAAAAACAAUGUUUACACAUUGGCGAAACUAUCAUUAUUCAGUGCUCCCGGCUAUCUUUGGCAAUUCCAAUACACGUUUUGAUUCUGGUGCAGGAUACUACCACAGGGGUUCAGGUUUGGAAACAUGUCUGUGACACAUCACCAAUUCAAGCCUUUAAGAACUGCCGCUGCUGACCCCUCAAAAAACAGUGUGCAAACAAUUAUGGAAAUUUUCAAUAAGCUUUUACUAUCUGCUGUAAUAUUCUGACAAACUGGAUCAAGAGCGCUGAAAACAAGCCUUUCCAGGAGUAUUGGCCUUCCUUUUUAUGUUUUAAACUGUUGAAACAAUGGAUUAUCUACACAGUCUGGCACUGUGAGAAUGGACAGCCCUAUAAUUUCACUCCAUUCUUUCAAAACCCUUGUAUGAUUAUUGCUUCCGUCAUUUAUCUUCCUUUAUUACUUGAACACAGUCCUCCUUCAGUCCAUGAUUCUCUUCUGAGUUGUGUGGUUAAAAAUGGUCAGUUAGAAGCAAUUGUCUUAGAUCCCUAGUGAAAGUCGCUGAACGCUUUUUCACAGGUGCUGUUUCUGACUUGUUUUUGUCCUUUGCUCUUUCUGUAGAACAAACUGGUGUUUCCUCUGUGCAAAUCUUCUUUCAAGAAACACUCUCUAAUGUCCAUUUUAUUGUAAGUCGCCAAGUAGGACUGUCUGUGAUUUUAGGAUUGUUUUACCACUGUAGACCAAUACAUUUUCACUUAGGCUCUCUAUAAACCUCAAGAAGUCAAGCUGGCUAGCAGAUGGGUGAAGUGGCCACUACAAGCGCUGAACUGCAAAUUAAGACUGAAUUCAAGAAUUUAGCCUUAAGAAAUUGUCAACAGCAAGCCACUGCUCUUCCAUUUUGUUGUCUUUAAAAUUAAUUGGGUACAGAGAUGUUAGGAAUUAUAUAUCUGAUCUAAAUUCCUUAUGUCAAAACGAGGAGGAAUUAAUAUUUAUGCAACUAGGAAAAUAGAAACCUGCCUUACAACAAGUGAGAUCAUUGGCCCAUUCAGCGAAUACUGUUUAGACAGAAGCUUCUCUGGCUCCAUCUCUUAUGCUAGGGAUUGAAAAUCUGUGAGUGUCUGAUGCAAAACAUGUAUUCUGUUACUAAACCACAGCCCUAUGUAGUUUUUAUUUUAAUUUAAUUUAAAAGAGAAAGAAAAAAAUUAAGGGUUUUUUCACAUUACAUACCUGCAGCAAUAUUAUUUCAUUUUAAUAGUAUGACUGCAUCUUAUAGAAUCCUGGGUUUUGACGUUUGGUGAUGCACUAGAGCAGUGGUUCUCAACCUGUGGGUCCCCAGAUGUUUUGGGCUUCAACUCCCAGAAAUCCUAACAGUUGGUAAACUUGGUGGGAUUUUUGGAAGUUGUAGGCCUGGGGACUCACAGGUUGAGAACAACUGCACUGCAGGUCCUUGGGUGAGAUUUCUAAGUAUCCCACCCUAAACUGAAAAUCCCAGGAUUCAGAAGGAUAAUGGCAUGGCAUUGAAGGUGGACCCAGAGCGCUAUCAUUAUUUAGUGUGAAAGAACCUUACAAAACCUUCUGUAAUAUGAAGGUAGAGCUUUCUGAUACUUUGUUUUAGUAAAUAACCACUAGUGGGUUUUUCCUCUUUUUUGAAUGUGGACUUGGCCAUGCUUGAGAAAAAAAUAAUGCAAAAACUAUAAUCAGUCAUUUUGAAAACUGACAGCCAGCUUGUACUUCAACUCCAUUUGUGGCUAUAGCUUUGUACUGGUUUUGGUAAUAGCUGAUGCAUACCAUUUUUGUUUCUUUUAUCCCAGUGUUUUAUUUAGGGUAUCAAAAUUGCUGAAAAUUGCUUCAUAGGAACGAAAGUUUCUAUGUGGAGAAAAAUCAUGUGUCGCUUUCCUUUCACCUUCCCUGGGCAGAGAUGGGGCAAAGGGAAACAUAACGUUUCAAAAGGCAAAUUGUUGAAAACUUGAUUAUACCAAAGAUGGAGAAUGUGAAUCUGAUAUUUGUUCCUGCAAGUUUCCCACCCUCAUCCAUCUAUUAACGCACAGCAUCACAGCAUCUCUGUCAUCUAAGAUAAAGCACUUUCCAAUCCCAGUGUUGUUCCCAUGGUGAUAGUAAUAUCUAAUAUUUAUUUGACAUCUCAUACUUGAAUGACGGGUAGAAAUGUCCCCUACAUAAAACACUGGUUACAAAUAUAUAUAAAUAUAUAUAUUUUUAAGAAAUCAACUUGAUGUGGGUAUUGAUUUUAUAUCUGUAGUCGUGAUAAACCUCCUGUUUGAGUGUAGUUAACGAAAUUAUUUUUAAUGUAUUUUUAGAAAUCUUAAAAUGGCCUUUGCACUGAAAUAUUUUUCAAUACUAUAGCUAUUUAUAUAUCUGUUUUACGCAUACAUUUGUUAACACACCGUUUCUAUUUUUUUUAAGUGUAUGUAUGUUUUAGACUUUUUUUUAUACUUAUCAGUUUUGGAGCUCCAGAAUUUAGCUUGUAGUGGAGUUGUGACUGAAUGUUGAAAUUCCAAUGAAUGUUAAAAUUUGAAAUAGAUUUGCUCCUUAAUCAUCCAAAGCUAAUGAUUUUUGUUUUAUUUACUUUCACUUCUAAAGAGUAGCUUUUAAUGUGGCAGCACGUACUGCUUACAACUAACUGCUGCUGCUACAGUUCUUAGGCUUUUGUUCCAUAAAGCUUUGUACCAGUUGCUUGCUUUUGUGUUUCUCAUUUCCAUCCCUCAGCCUUAAAUAAGAAGACUCUUGCUUGAUGGUUUGAAAAUGCUGCAUUCCUGUCUGCCUAUCAACAAAAGGGUUUACUGCAACCUUAUGACAUCUCAACUGUUCCCUAAAUUGAAUAAGAUGUAGCAGGCAGAAACAUAUAACUGUAGCUAUGUGGGGAGGUUUUGCGUGGUGGUGAUGGGUUAAAACCUGAUUAAUUGGAUCAGAUUUAAGCUAAGACAUACUUAGAGCAAACACACUGAAUUCAUUGGAUCCAAUAUUUAUAUACAGAUUUUAACCCUGAAUGAUAAUGGAAAAAAUAUUAUAGUUUGUUCACUUCUGACUGUGUCUGAAUUCAUCCUACAAACUGUGGUUUCAUAACUGCAAAUCACAGUUAGAAGUCAUAGUUUGUUAUAGGAAUCCAAAUUCCAGUCCGUUUGGGCCAUGAUUUAUUGUUUUGUUCAAAUCUAGAAACAUUGCUUGCCCCAUGGUUACUUCUUCAGCUGCGAAUCCUAAAAUAUUAGCUCAGAAAGUUGUUAGGAUAUUAAAAAAUAAAAACAGACCAGUAAAUGGGACAAACCAGCUAUGGCUUAUUUAAUUGUCUAUGGGAUAAUUAAUGACCAAAGCAACACAUUGUGGUCAGUAUAAACUAUGGCAGGAAAAUAUGUUUUAGGAGAAAAAUAGUUUAAAUAAUUUAAAGGAACCACUAAAUAACUGGAUUAAAAAAAAUAACCCAUGUAUAUUGGGUUUUUUAAGAAAAAGAAAAACUGAAUGUAUUUAAGUAUGAAUAUUUGUUUCACUCUCUAUAACAGACAUGCAAAUGUAGCACAGCAGGGGGAAACUUUGGGUCAGCAAUGAGUCUUCAUCCAACUCAAGAAGUGUCCAGAUACCCUGCCAUUCUAUUUCCCAACAAAGCUUCCCAUUUGAGAUACCCAUCAUAUUCACCCUCCAGACUGAGAACAUGAGCAGAGAAGAGAAAUGGCAGCAGGAGUACCCUUUCCAUGCUCCUGGCCUCCCAUUUGGGCAGACUAGGAAAUCUUUGUACCUAUCUCUGGUCAGACAUAAGAGGAGGGAGUUUGGGUCCUGCCACAUCCUUCUCAAUGAGAGAUAGCAUGGAGCACAUUUUCUUAUAUCAAAGCAGCAGUUGCAGGAAUACUCCUGCAGCCAGUACCAGAGUCUUAGAAAUCAUUUCACAGGAGGCAGAUUAUCCCUGACAAAGAAAAACUUGGAAUACAAUAACGCCUCAGAAACAGGGGACGUCAUUGUCUUGACCAUCCAAUUUGAUAACAAUGCUGAUAGAAGGUAGGAAAGAGAGGGAAAAUUUCCUCUUGUUAAAUUUGUUUGCACUGUGCUGUAACAGAAUCUACAUUGGUCAAUCCUAGUGGAGGGGUUUCUCAAGCAUCCCUGCUGCUACGUACAAAAAUCUGUCCUCCCCUACCCCUCCAAAGAAAACCAAAAUGACUGAUGCAGUGAGUAGUGAAUGCCAUCUCUCUUUACUUCCCCUGUCCCAAAUAGAAACCCACAGAGAGCCCAAACUGUGACAACAGAUCCGUUAUUUAGUUAGGUGCCUCUAGUUCUGCUUGGAUGCAAAGUAAUUGUUUCUCUAGCUUUAGACUGGGGCACUGAAUGAGAGAAUUCCAGAAUGGAGGCCAAUGGACCAAUAUUUCCAUGCAACUUGAUAUGGCAGAAUUUAGUCAGAAAAUGAAUAGUUAUAACAUUUAAGAGAAAAGUUCUGUAUAAUUAAAUAGCUUUGCCUGACUUGGUGAACUCUUUAACAAGAAAAUGUCUGAAAUGCUUUACAAGUGAGGUGGAAUGUGUUAACUGCUGCCUAGUCAAUUUCAACUUAUGGAUACCCUAUGAAUGAGAGGCCUCCAAGCCCCUCUAUUACCAAUAGCCCUGCUUCCUUGAUUGUUUCUAUCCAUCUGGAAUGUGGUUUUCCUGCUGCCUUCUACCUUACACACCAGAAUUGUCUUUUCUAGCGAGUCAAGUCUUCUCAGGAUAUGCCCAAAGUAUGACAACCUCAGGCAGCAAUCAAAUUUCCACAAAGGCUGAAAGUGUAUUUCCACUGAGGGUUGUAUCCUUGGGAAUGGCUAGUAACAAAAUUAAGCUCUCUUAAAUUUUUUGAGUAUUUGUUGUUUUGUUCAGCCCUUUAAUAGAAAAGUCUACCAUGUUUUCUCUCUCUUCUGUCAACCUAUUUAUCCCACUUAUAAUGCAGAUAUCAAAGGAAGAAAACUGCACUAGUCUGUGACAUCUGUGAGAUCUUCUUGGAAAGCUUUAAUGGGAUUUUUGUCAUAUUAUUAAGAAAGAAAUAUGUACAUGAUUGUAUGUUGCACAAUUGCACACAUCAGUUUAUACAGCUUUAUCUUGUCCAAAUUAUACAGAAUUUUAAAUGUGUGUUGUCUGAAAAAUCCUGUCGUGUGUGCAGUAUCAUGCUAAAUACUCUUUCUUUCUGUAUUGUAAAGUAGGCUGGCAAAAAUGCUCUUGGGAAUGGUGGGACAUAGUUAACAGUGCAUUAACCAUUAAAAAAUAUCUGUAGCCAUCAGCACUAAACACUGAAAUGUGGUUUUAAAUGGUACAAUGAUAGGUGCACUUAUCUGAUGAUAAUUCAGCCUUCAAAACUACUAUUUAGACUAUGCUAUAACACUUCAUUAACUGGAUCAAAGCAGUCUCAAAUAUUAGGAGCAUAGGAAUUAUAUAUAGAUAGAUAUACAUAAUAUACAUACCUCUGCAUUCAUGUAAAGUUUAUUUUCAGUGCUAUUUUUCAACUUUCAUUUCUGUAGAUACAUGGAUUCUUUAUAUUCAUAUUUUGGAACUUUCUGUAGAUUGUAUAAAGCAGUAGAUGUUUAUAUCUGCUUGCAAUAAAAUAAAAUUUACAUAUUUGUU